AUGGCAGAGAGGAGACGGACCGGCUACAGUGUCAACAGGAAGAUCCUGGAUGAAGGAGCUGUGGAUGAGAUGGCACAAAAGUCUGAGUCAAAAACAUCUGUUUGUGAGAAAGUCAAGCAGUCGCUGAGGUGUUCUGGUCCCCGGUUGAAGAACUGCCUGCUGGGUAGUUUUCCUGUGGCAUCAUGGCUGCCUCGUUACUCCAUCAGAGACAACGCCCUGGGCGACCUGAUCUCUGGGAUCAGUGUGGGGAUCAUGCAGCUGCCGCAGGGUAUGGCCUACGCCUUGCUGGCAUCUGUUCCUCCGGUCUUUGGACUCUUCUCGUCCUUCUACCCCGUCCUCAUCUACUUCCUCUUCGGCACAUCCAAGCACAUCUCCAUCGGGACAUAUGCAGUGAUGAGUGUGAUGAUAGGAGGGGUGACAGAUCGAUUAGCCCCUGACUCAAACUUCAUGAUAUGGGACAAUGAGACCAACUCCAGUAUCGUUGACACCAUCUCCCGGGAUGCAGAGAGGGUCCGAGUGGCUGCAGCCGUCACCUUCUUAUCUGGAUUAUUUCAGAUUCUACUCGGUCUGGUCCAGUUUGGUUUCGUGGUGACCUACCUGUCGGAGCCUCUGGUCCGAGGUUACACCACAGGAGCCGCCAUCCACGUCAUCGUGUCCCAGCUCAAAUACACGUUCGGCAUCAGCCCUGUGAGACACAGCGGGCCUCUGUCACUGAUAUAUACUGUGCUGGAGGUGUUUUAUCUCCUUCCACAGACUAACAUUGGGACUCUCGUGGUCAGUAUUGUCGCCAUCGUCGGCCUCAUCCUCACCAAGGAGCUCAAUGCAUACCUGAGUAAGAAACUACCUGUUCCUAUACCUGUGGAGCUGCUGGCUGUGGUUGUUGCCACACUGGUGUCGUGGCAGGUGAACCUGCAGGACAGAUAUGGAGUGGAUGUGGUGGGCUUUAUUCCGUCAGGUCUCCAGCCACCCGUUCUCCCAGCAGCCUCUCUGUUUGGUCAGGUGAUAGGAGACGCCUUCGCUCUGGCUGUGGUUGGCUACGGCAUCGCCAUCUCACUGGGACGAAUCUUCGCCCUGAAAUACGGAUACAAGGUGGACAGCAACCAGGAACUCAUCGCUCUGGGUCUCAGUAACUCCAUUGGAGGGAUUUUCCAGUGUUUCGCCAUCAGCUGCUCCAUGUCUCGCACCAUGGUUCAGGAGAGCACAGGAGGGAAGACUCAGGUUGCUGGAGCUCUAUCAGCUGUAGUUAUCCUCGUCAUCGUGCUCUGGAUCGGGGCUCUCUUUGAAGAGCUGCCCAAGGCAGUGCUGGCCGCCAUCAUCUUUGUCAACCUCCACGGCAUGAUGAAGCAGUUCUUGGACAUCCCCGCCCUGUGGAGGAGCAACAGAAUAGACAUGGUAAUCUGGGUGGCCACCUUCAUCCUCACCCUGCUGUUGAACCCUGACCUGGGCCUCGCCGCAGCCAUCGCGUUCUCCAUGCUCACCGUCAUCUUCAGGACACAGCUACCUAAAUACUCGCUGUUAGGACAGGUCCCAGACACUGACAUCUACAGGCCACUGGAGGACUACAAUCAGGUGAAGAAGCUUCCAGGGAUUUUGAUCUUCCGUUCCUCUGCCACCCUCUACUUCGCCAACGCUGAGAUGUACCAAGACGCUCUGGGUGAGAAGUGUGGUGUUGACAUCACCAAGAUCCUGUCAGCAAAGAAGAAGCUCGAGGCCAAAAGAAAGAGGCAUGAGAAGAAAAACGCCAAGAAAGCCAAGAAGAACGCAGGAGAUACGGAGGAGCCAGAGAGGGCGGAGCAGGAGGACAUUGCCGUCAUUGAGAUGGAUGCUGAGUCUAACCCCUCCCUCCCAAAAGCCAUCAUCCUCGACCUCAGCCCCGUCAACUUCCUGGACACUGUGGGAGUCAAGACGCUACGAAACAUCCGGAGGGACUACGGGGAGACCGGUGUCGAGGUGCUGCUCGCUGGCUGUCAGCCUGGGGUGGUGGACAACCUGCAGACUGGAGGCUUCUUCACCGACAAAGUCACCAAGUCCUGUCUCUUCUACACCAUCCAUGAUGCUGUUCUGCACUGUCAGUCUGCAACAACACAGAGCCAAGACAAGGGAAUCACAGAGACAUAUUUCUGAGUCCUGAGAGGAAAGAUGGAGGACAGACUCUCCGUGUGAGACUUUGUCCUCUGAGCUUCAGAUAACUGGGACUCCUGUCUGACACACACACACACACACACACACACACACACACACAGAGAGAGAGACACACACACACACACACACACACACAGUAGCGCAAGUUACACAAGACAAUUGAAAAAAGACAAAGUAACAGAUGCAAAUAAAUGAAUAAAUGACAGGCUUCACUGCCCACAAACUGCAGUUCCUCUAACGGCCACUAGAGUCUGGCUCCAACAGUGAGUCAGUCCCCAUAGACUCCCAUGUUAAAAUGUCCAACUUUACAGCAGAAAUAAACAUGUUUACAGCCUGGUACAGAGGCUACGUUCAUCUUUAUUUACAGUCUGUGGUGCAAAGUUAUAAAGCAAACACAAUCAGACAGUAACCACACACACACACACACACACACACACACACACACAC